AUGCUACACCUCGUGUGCGAGCACAUGCAGGGGCGCUACUCGGCCCAGCAAGGAUCGUACACAGACAGGACGCGGUUCGGUGGUGCGCGACGCUGGGGCCAGCCUCACGUCUGCCACGUCAGCCCUGCAAACAUAUCGAUCCUCCAAUUCUUCCACUUUGGCGUCGUGCCCAACGCAACGCCAGCCAUACUCAAACAUCACGCCUGCCGCGAUGAGGUCACAGCACUGCCCGAUCGGCUUCAUUACCUCCCUGGAGGGCUGCUGAGUGGGAUCGGAGCUCCCACGCAUGUUGUCGCCCACUCUGGAUUGUGGGACCUACUGAAGCUGUGCAACGAAAGCCACGACAGAGCACUACGCAUGCUGGGGCCUGGUCAGAGAUACGAACACUGGUUGCGCACCAAGCUACUCGAGCCGCUGCGUGCGCUCUUCCCGAACAGCCGUCUCUCGUGGCGAACGCUGCUGCGCGUGCGAGGCGACGCGAACAACCAGUCGUACGUCAAUCGUGGCUGCGCGCUACCGCCGUACGAGCAAGCACGCGUCACGCUGGCUGGGGCCGCGGGCGAGAGCGCUGCACGCGCGGUGAACGUGCCCGUGCUCAACCUGGCGCGCGCGUUUGAUGACAUGAUCAACGAGCGUGGCGAGCAGGCGGGGGGCUGCCAACACACCUCGCGCUAG